AUGGCUAGCCUUUCAUCGUGUGCGAUGCGCUCGGCUGCCCGCCUGGGUCGUAACUCGGCACUUGGCGUGUCUCUCAACGGCACUGCUCGUGCCGCUACGAUUAUCGGCGGCGCCAGGAGGCGAACAUAUGUUACCGGGUCCAAGCCCAAUAACGCUCAAGUCGAGACAGCAAUCAAGCUGGACAAGAAGGACUUUGCUGGCAUUCCUCCUUCGAUGAUGCAAAAUGGCAGUGAGAUGAAGAUAAGCCCCAUGGCAGAGGUCCUCAAGGACGCCGCCAUUAUGGAGGAAGGCCAACGGCCAAUCUAUCUCGAUAUGCAAGCGACGACACCUGUUGAUCCCAGAGUCCUCGAUGCCAUGAUUCCAUACUACGUUGGCGAAUACGGUAAUCCGCACUCCCGGACGCACGCCUACGGCUGGGAGAGUGAGAAGGCUGUCGAGGAAGCUCGUGAACAUAUCGCCAGCCUCAUCGGCGCUGACCCUAAGGAGAUCAUCUUUACUAGCGGUGCGACGGAGAGUAACAAUAUGAGUAUUAAGGGCGUUGCCCGCUUCUUUGGGCGCUCCGGCAAGAAGAGACAUAUCAUCACGACACAGACUGAGCACAAGUGCGUACUUGAUAGCUGCAGACAUCUUCAGGAUGAGGGCUUCGAAAUCACAUAUCUUCCGGUCCAAAACAACGGCUUGAUCAACAUGGACGAGCUCAAGGCGGCCAUUCGCCCUGAAACUGCCCUUGUCAGCAUCAUGACAGUCAACAACGAGAUUGGUGUCAUCCAGCCCAUCGAACAGAUCGGCAAGCUGUGCCGUGCAAACAAGAUCUUCUUCCACACCGAUGCUGCCCAGGCUGUCGGCAAAAUUCCACUCGAUGUCAACGCCAUGAACAUUGACCUGAUGUCGAUCUCCUCGCAUAAGAUCUACGGCCCCAAGGGUAUUGGUGCCUGCUACGUCCGUCGCCGUCCUCGUGUGCGUCUGGAUCCGCUCAUCACUGGUGGUGGACAGGAGCGAGGCCUACGCAGCGGCACUCUGGCACCUCCUCUAGUUGCCGGCUUUGGUGAGGCUUGCCGCAUCGCCAAGGAAGAAAUGGAGUACGACACCAAGCGCAUCAAGGCCAUGUCCGAUCGCUUGCUCACAGGACUCCUCGCCAUGGAACACACGACGCAAAAUGGCGACCCCAACGCAUUCUACCCUGGUUGCGUCAAUGUCUCGUUUGCUUACGUUGAGGGUGAGUCGCUGCUAAUGGCGCUCAAGGACAUUGCCCUGUCUUCGGGUAGUGCUUGCACUUCGGCUUCUCUGGAGCCCAGCUAUGUUCUCCGUGCUCUCGGAAACAGUGAUGAAAGCGCUCACAGCAGUAUCCGGUUUGGUAUUGGCCGUUUCACUACCGAGGCUGAGAUCGACUACGUGCUCAAGGCGGUUGAUGAGCGUGUUACUUUCCUGCGCGAGCUUAGCCCGCUGUGGGAGCUGGUCCAGGAGGGCAUCGAUCUGGACACCAUCCAAUGGAGUCAGCACUAA